CGUCAGUCAAAACUGGACAGAAAACCACCUAGAAGUGGUACGAAGGUAUGUUUGAGGGGCGAAUGUGACAAUAAACAUCAAAACUGGACAGAAGAUCACUUACUUUUAGUACGAAGGGAUUCUGAAAACAAAUUGCUUCAAAGAUGUCAGGCAUGCUCACCGACAUGAUUGGUGUCCAAUAUCUGGAAGUGACAUAUUUGGCAGCACUGGUUUUGGUUCCGUUUGCUUUGUAUGGGACCUACCUACUCCUACUGGGGAUAUUAAUCAUCGUCCUCACGACCUGCUACUGUAUCUUAAACAACUACAAGAAAAAGCUACAUGAUGUCAACGGCCAGGGAGUCGUCAUUACAGGGUGUGAUACAGGGAUCGGUCACACACUUGCACGGAGACUAGCGAGUCUGGGACUGACAGUGUACGCCGGAUGUCUCCGGGAAACGUCGGACUUAAGGAAACAUGCAUCAAAACGAUUACACGUCAUACAGCUUGAUGUCACCAGUGACGACAGCGUCCGAAAAGCACUUGAUUAUGUGUCUGCUCACAGCGCGAAGACGAAAUGUGGCGUGUGGGGUUUAGUGAACAACGCAGGGAUUAACCACAUUGGCGACGUAGAGUUCUGUACAAUGGAAAUGUACGGGAGAAUCAUGGAGGUCAAUCUCUUUGGAAUGAUCAGAGUAACCAAGGCAUUUCUACCCCUGAUUCGCAAGUCCAAAGGACGAGUUGUGAAUGUGACCAGCGUCCAGGGCAGGCUGCCGAUGCCUUCCCAUUCUGUUUACGGAAUCACCAAGUUUGGCGGAGAGAAUUUCUCGGAUGCUCUCCGCCUUGAAAUGAUCAAAUUUGACGUGAAAGUUGCUCUCAUAGAGCCCGGGAAUUUCGGGGGAGCAACGGGAAUGUUGAACGAUGCUUCUUUACGGGUAAUGCGUCGAGACUUCGACACGAUGUGGACGGAGGCAACAGAAGAAGUGAGAGGCACUUACGGACAGGACUACCUAGAGACACAAUACAGUAACGCCACCAAAAUAUCGUCUACUAGUGCACCCACCCUGGACCCGAUUACUGACGCAAUGGUGGACGCCCUCCUCAAUACUCGCCCUCGAACUCGGUACCUAAUCGGUGGUAGUAACGGCCUAGUGGACCACUACUGUGUCCUGGCCAGGCUGAGGGACCUACUGCCAACAUGUGUUACAGAUUUCCUCAUUGACAAGGUCUAUUCAUCUGGUAUUCCUGUAAAAGGCAGUUAAUUUUCUAAAGAAGUAAAGACAUAGAGAAGAGUAUUGUCUAUAUAACAAUGGACCAAGGAUGAUAAUACUCUUCCCAGUGUUUGACGUUUAGUGCAGAGGAAACAGUACAAUGAUAGAACUGAUGUUCACAUCACCGAGUAAUAAAGUACAAAAUAAUGAAUAGACAUGCUACAUUCACUGUGAGCAGUAUCAAACUCACCAACCCACACACUAUCAGGAAGGGAGACAAUUUCAUACCAUACCUGAUACUAAUAGUAAAAAGAUCGAGGUCCAUGGGUCUUAACUCUAAAGACCCUUGUACUAUUGUAGUAUAAAUACUCAGUAGCAAGUAUAGUGGCACUGUUGGCCAUGGCGGCCAUCUUGGAUUUUGGGAGCUGAAAAAUAACAACACUUGGUUAUCUCAGGAUGACUUUAGGUAAGUUAGAGAUGAACCCCACUGGUAGAAGUUGGGAAGAAGUUUGAAAUAGGUGUUGUUAGGAGAACCAUGAUUGCACAAUCGUGUUAAAAAUGGCCGCAGUGGCUGCCGUGUCAAAGUUUUUACGAGGCUGAAAAAUAACAACACUUUGUUGGCUCCCCUUCCUUAAUAUCCAAACCGAUUUCAAGCUCAAUGGCACCAAUGGUA